UGACGUCAUACGCCUCGUUGGGCCACAGGGAUAUUUGGCCGACGGACAAAGGGCGCGAACGAAGUCGGCCCUCUGUACUCUGGACGCGUCGUGCGUGAGGGAGAUGAGCACGGAGGUGGCUUCGCUGAGACCCGCGCGGCGGAGCAAGUGGGACGAGGCGGGUACCAGCGAUGAUCGGGUCCCGUGUGCGCUGGAGGCCGCCGCCGCCGCUGCGGCGCGCAUCAACAACAUGCUGGUGGCCCGGGGGAAGCUCAAGGCGCCCGCCAACGUGAACGUGAAGACCGGCAACGACACGCAGGUUAUUCCUGGAAUGACGAAGUCGUCCCAUGAGAAGGUGCAGGUCAACCUGGACAUCAACGACAUCCCUGCCGCAAGUCGCAACAAGAUCACCCUCGUGCAAGUGCAGGAGGAGAUAAGUAAGCAGACGGGCACAGUGGUGUCAACCAGAGGGCGCUAUAUGACUCUGGAGGAAAAGGCAGUGGCUUCUCCCGAUGACCAGCCACUUCACCUUCAUAUCAAGGGGAGCGGCGCGGAUAGUGUGAGCUUGGCCGUGCGGAUGAUCAACGAUAAGAUCGACGCGUGGGUGCGCGGGAACGGCCUGUACGAGCGCGUGUCCCUGUCCGACCCCGGCGUCGCCGGCAUCGGCACGACCUCCCAACCGCCGCCCCCCCCGUGCGGCUUCGCGGCCGAAGCUGUGCCCACGUACCCGCCGGCCGCGGCGAUGACGGCGGGGGCGACGUCCGGGAUGCUGUACGCGCCGGCGCCGGCGCCGCUGCCGACCGUCGGCUUUGCGUCGCCCGCCGCGGUCAAGACUCCGGCGCCUGCAUACCAUCCGGCGCCCGCCUACCACCAGCCGCCGAUGCCGGUGGUGCCGCAGGCGGCGCCGGUUGCGUACUCCCACCCGACGGGGAAUGCGUUCGCCCCGCCGGCGAGUUACUCGGCACCGCCGUCCGGCUUCCGCAUGUCCGCACCGCUCGCUCAGCUGCAGCCCGGAAUGCACUAUGUGCAGGAGAAGGUGUUUGUGGGGCUGGAGCACGCCGAUCCCGCCUUUGGCCUCAAGGCCUCCUUGGAGGGCCCCGGCGGCUCCUACCUGCAGCACAUCGUGCGCGAGACCGGCGCCAAGGUUCACCUGCGGGGCCGCAGCUCGGGCUACAUGGAGCACGCGUCCGGCCGCGAGGCCUUCGAGCCGCUCUACAUUUACAUCAGCCACCCCAGACCAGAGAAGCUGGCUUUGGCGAGAAAACUCUGCGAGGAUUUACUCCAGACGGUUCAUGACAAGUACAGUGCUUACCAGAACUCGAUGAGCGGUCAGGCAGGCUACUCGCAGAUGAACAACUACGGCAGGAUGUCCAUGUACCGCCCUGCCAUGCAAGCACAGCCGGUUGGAACGGCGUGGCUGGGCCCUGACGGCAUGCCGACGCCGUCACCGCAGCCGCCUUCGACGAAUGCGCAAGGACUGGCGUACGCACAGUACCCCGCUCCAGCCUCCAUGUACCAGCCGCCCGUACAGCAGCAGCAGCCACAGCAGCAGCAGGCGCAGCAGACGCAGCAGCAGCCAGCUGCGACGGUGGCAGCUAGCAAGCGGCGCUUUGUGGAAGAGCUUGACAAGGCCGACCCGUCCAGGCUGCUUGGAUACCAGGUAACUAGCCACAUCGCGCCACCCGCUCAGUUCUCCACAGCAAGGGCACAGGACUGUCGUCAUCAUCGUUAUUAUUAUUAUUUUGUUACUAUUAGUACGACUAUGACGCCUGGUUUAUCCGGGAAAGCCUCCCUGAUUGUCAGUGACGCUUUGUUCAGCAGUGUCCUGCCAAGUUUUUGGUCAUUAGCGGUGCGAUUCGAUUUUUUUUUUUCUUUCAAAAUUGGACCGUCACGCCGGCACGCAAAUGUUGCCGCUCUCGUGAAUGACGUCACGGGGUCUUUAACGUUCUCUGAAGCGAAAGGCACAUUAUUGUUAGUACGCCAGCGCUGCAGUAUUAGCCAGGGCAGCCGCUUCAUUUGAACCUCGGUCGUUCUCCCGCUUGGUCG